CGUCUGCCUGUUGCAGCUGAUCGCCGGCCAGGAGGUGGUGGGCGUGGCUACUACCGCCGCGGCCCCCCGAGGAGACCACGACAACAGACCCAACAACAGGACAGCCAGGGAGAAGACCGCAGCGAGGGCAACGAAGGAGAGGGAGAUGGGGAGCAGGUAGACCGACGUAGACCUCGCCAGCCUCGUCGCAGAGGAGGCAACAGCGGACGAAGGUUUAAUCGCAGGGGCCCUCCCAGGAAGUCUGAGGGAGAGGGUGAGGUUGGUGAGGGUGGACCUGGUGAAGAGACUCAGAAUGGAGUGGAGCCCCGUGAGGAGGGGAGGGGUGGAGGGAGGGGAGGAGGGAGGGGAGGGAGGUUCAGGACCAGGGUGUACCGCAGGAGGCCUCAGGACGAGGAGCAGGGAGAUGGACAGCAGACUUCAUCUCGAGGCCCUCCUGUUAGUACUAUGUACCUGCUACUGUACAUAGCCCCAUACACACUGCCUUGUGCUGCUGCUAUUCUUGAUCUUUGUGCGUGUUUAGAAGUCAGUGGAGGGCAUUUUGAGCACAGGCAAUUGCUGACUUUUGUUGAACGUUGGCCAUAACUAGUGUAGCAUGAAAGUAAUGCCAGAUUUGUUUCACUUGCUGGUUUACACAUGCACGAUGUGUGUUCAGCUGUAGUAUAUUAUUGUAUUUCACUUCGCUACAAUUAUUGUACUCAUCCACAGAGGGGCGGCAGGCGUCGUUACAGGGGAGGACCACCACGUCGUAUGCAGCAGCAAGAUGAGAAUGCCCACCAGAGUGGUAGUGGAGGUGAAGGCCACACUGAGGAGGUGACUGAGUCUCCUCCCUCCCAGCCUGCCCCGGCUGCGGCUGCCCCUGCAGCCCAGCAAACCGAGGCUGAGGCCUCCUGAGCGACAUCACCCGCUCCCAACCAUCCACCCAUAAACCUAGACUCUCUAACAGAUAUAGACCCUUAUACCGUUGUACCAUACUAACAUGUCUGUGCCGAGUGACCCACAGUGUGUGUGUGUUAACCACCUGAUGUUGCCAUCAUCAAUGUGGAGAGAGUGUGUACCUACAUCUACUGCUACUCUGUAAGUCCAUCUCUACACUGUCAUCCUUAGCUCCCCCACCACAACCUACAAUAUGGACUGUAUACCGUCCACACAUCCCCAUAGCUCGUGCUGUGAAUAUAUACACCACUACACAUGUAUAGAGUGAAGAGAUAUGGUCUGUUGUAACAUCUCUGUCUGUUUGUAAAAGAAUUAUUUGGGUGGAUGAUGAAGGCAGUGAGUUUUAGCGCAUGCGCUAUGAUUUUUUUGCGUGGC